UUUUGUUUGUGCCGUGCUCCUGCAAAGCUCCCAGACCCAGCCUCCAAUCCCAAGUUUCCUCUUAUUCCCCCCUCCCCCCUCGAUCUGCCCCUACCCCUGUUGGGGAAGAAACCUAUGAUUCGGCGUGAUUGCGUCAGGUAUAUAUGCACUGCCCGCGGCGACAGCAAGGUCCUACUUUACACUUCUCGAUCUGGUCGUCAGGUAUCCAUCCAUCCAAUCCCUGACUCGUUUUGGAAGGAGACCGAGCUCUUGAAGCUAGGGCAACAUGGGUCUUCUUAGGCCGUUCAACCGCAUUGGCUUCCUUCUUGUCCUCCUUGCCUUCUGCUGUGGAACAGAGCAACAGAGAGCGGAAGCAGCCCAUAGAGCGAUCCCGAACAGGCUCCUGAACUUCGUCUCCGUGGAGAAGCCAUCUUACCCCACGAUCACCACGCCCACAUCCUCCUCGUUCCCUUCGCUAGCGGACGCGAACGGCGGCGGCGGCAUGAGCGGCGGCGCUGGCGCUGGCGGGGUCGGUGGAACAGGCGGCGGCGGUGGCGGCAUGAGCGGUGGUGCCGGCGCUGGCGGUGGUACUGGCGGCGGCGGCAUGAGCGGUGGUGCUGGCGGUGGCGGCGGCGGCGGCAUCGGCGGUGGUGCCGGUGGCGGUGCCGGCGCUGGCGGCGGUACUGGCGGCGGUGGCGGGACGUGGUGCGUGGCGAGCCAGAGCGCGAGCUCGUCGGCUCUGCAGGUGGCGCUGGACUACGCGUGCGGCUACAGCGGGGUGGACUGCUCGGCGAUCCAGACAGGCGGGAGCUGCUUCAACCCGGACACCAUCCACGACCAUGCCUCUUACGCCUUCAACAGCUACUACCAGAAGAACCCUCUCCCCACCAGCUGCGACUUCGGCGGCACGGCAACCAUCACCACCACCGAUCCCAGUUCAGGGUCAUGCCAGUAUCCAGCGUCAAGCGGGGGAAGCACGAUGCCCCCGCCAUCGCCGACCUUCAUGACGCCGACCACACCGAUGACCCCGACGCCGAUGACACCCAUGACCCCUACGCCGUUCACGCCGGACACCCCUACAGGCACCGGAACUCCCAUCUACGGAUCAAUGUCGCCUCCUGACUACGGGUCGAUGUCCCCUCCCGGCAUGGGAUCGUCGUCGCCUCCGGAUUACAAUGACGUCGGCGCCGCCCCAACGACGGCAGCCAAGGGCAGCUGGGCUUUGGCUCUCGUCUCCAUCCUCGUCGCGACGAUAUCUCUGAACAUGGCCACAUGAGAGCAAACACAUUUCAAGAUGGCAAUCCUAUGCAGCUGUUCGCGGUUCGAGAAUACAGAGAGGAGCUGUUGGGGCAGUUGGAUGCUGAGAUGCGCACGCCAACUUGCGCACCGCAAAUCCUCCCCUGCCGCAAACACUUUGCAAAGCAGAGGUGCCCAUAUUGUUUAGCGUCAGCCGUACGCUGAUGCGGCUUCUAGCACCGUCCUAGUUUAGUGGGGGGCAGCAGAUGUUUAUAUUGCCGAUCAUACUAUUGUACUUAGAAAUUUAUGAGAAAAAGUUUAUUUCCUUA